CGAAACACUCAAUACACAUUACCAGUGGCAGUGCACAGAAACACAAAUGCAAUACUACCAGUACCAGUGCACACUACACUCUCAGAACAAACUACCAGUCCCAGUGCACCGUAACACUCAGAACAAACUACCAGUCCCAGUGCACCGUAACACUCAGAACAAACUACCAGUCCCAGUGCACCGUAACACUCAGUUCAAACUACCAGUACCAGUGCACCGUAACACUCAGUUCAAACUACCAGUACCAGUGCACCGUAACACUCAGUUCAAACUACCAGUACCAGUGCACCGUAACACUCAGUUCAAACUACCAGUACCAGUGCACCGUAACACUCAGUUCAAACUACCAGUACCAGUGCACCGUAACACUCAGUUCAAACUACCAGUACCAGUGCACCGUAACACUCAGUUCAAACUACCAGUACCAGUGCACCGUAACACUCAGUUCAAACUACCAGUACCAGUGCACCGUAACACUCAGUUCAAACUACCAGUACCAGUGCACCGUAACACUCAGUUCAAACUACCAGUACCAGUGCACCGUAACACUCAGUUCAAACUACCAGUACCAGUGCACCGUAACACUCAGUUCAAACUACCAGUACCAGUGCACCGUAACACUCAGUUCAAACUACCAGUACCAGUGCACCGUAACACUCUCAGAACAAACUACCAGUCCCAGUGCACCGUAA